UCUAAUGACUGCGCCUACCGAAACAACGGCGGCUAAGUGGCAUCGUAUUGUGUAUAUAUUCACAGCGUGCGCCGUGUUCUUGUACCUUUUGUUCACUAUCACUUCCAUUCAUUCAAUCUUCUUCUUUGCAGUUCAUUCUGUGACCACUCUUUUAGCUAUACGAAUACUACGUUCUUGCUACUCCACUCGUUAAACAUGCGCUUCUUUACGCUCGCCACAGCGGCUCUUCUGCCUUUGUCCGGACUUGCUGCCAGUGUUGAAAACUGCGGCAAAGGACCUUUUGUCAGUGGCAGCGCCGGUAAGCCACUCAGCCAGAAUCGCGACAGCGACAAAUUCUGUGAAUCCCGCUGGGAGAAAGGCGACGUCAUCACUGGCAUCCGCGUCUGGUGGCUUAAGUUCCAGCUCAAAGCCGUCCAGUUCCGCUAUGCUGGCGACGACUGGGGCAAAGUGCUAGGUGACAACUCUGAGAGCGGCGACGACCAGGAAGCCGAGACAACCUGGGGUGAGGAUGAGUCGAUUGGCUUGGAGCUCUGGAACAACCGUCCCGACGAUGGCGACAAGAUGGAUGCCGUUGGCAAGAUCGAAAUCAGCCAGCCCGGCGAGAAAGAUGUCUUCAAAGCUGGAGGCUCGAAAAUCGCCAAAGACUCUAUCAAAGUGGAUGUCGGAAGUGGCAGGCUUUUCGCUGUUCAAGGUGCUGCUGGCUCGCACAUUUCAUCCCUUACCUUCUACUUCCUCAAGUCCAAGAUCAAGUCCAUGGAGAUGACCGAGAUCAAGUUGACCGGACAAGAUUUCGGCAAAUGGGCGAAAGACACCAAGCAGGGACCACAAGUCAUUGCCAACGACGACACAUGGUUCAAGAACUCUGAUACCAAAGGCGGAUCCAAGAGAGAGUACAAAGUCAGCCAGUCGCUCUCGGAGUCGGAAUCUAAGACAAUCAGCAGAGAAAACACCCGCACCUUCGGGUUCUCCAUGUCAGUCUCGAUCGGCGUUUCUGCUGAACUCCCUAUCUUCGGCGGCGGCGUAGAGACCCAGUUCACCUCGGGCUUCGAACACAGCAAAUCAGAGACCAAAGCCGAAUCCAAAACUACCUCCAAAGAAAGCGGGGUGAACCGCGAAGUCAGCGUUGAAGUUGCUCCCCAGAAAGCAGUUCGCUGCGUCCAAAACACCCAGCGAGGCCAAUACGAGUCCCCCUACACCGCCACCAUCACCGCAAAACUAGAAAACGGCGACACUUUCAAAUACCAGAACAGCGGAGACUACGUUUCAGUCGGGUGGUCUAUUGGCAUCACCGAUUGCGGUAAGCAGGUUCCGAUCAAGGAUGCCCCCAAGAGCGCCAUUGAUGGCGUCCCGUCGAGCAAGAGUUCGCGGUUGGCGAGGUUCAUUCGCGCUGAUUAGUUUGGAUAUGAUGGGACUCGAGUAUUUUUCUAAUCCAUUUUUGGGAGGGGAUGGGGAUUGCAGACGUAUUAUUCUUGUUUAUAUACAGUCGUUACAGUUUUUCUGGAAUCAUCACCACAGCGUAUACUCCCUUAACUCUGCGUUCCAUUGUCGCAUGGUCUUCUCCGUGAUGCUUCGCGGACCUCUUACGCGUCUGAAAUCCGAAUCCCAUCCUUGCGCUAAAGCUGCAUUGCGAAAGUUGCGAAUAUUGUCUGGCGUACACUGAUCCUGAGAAUCGAUCUCCGCUUCACGGCGAUUCGGAUCAUUGAAGCGGUCGAGCCAGAGAAAAAGAUGCCGCUUUUUAUACCUCCAGGCUGUGUACGUAAGGGUGAUUCUAAUCUCGCGGUUUUGUAACCGUGCGAGGUGUGCGUCGGAAAGCCGGCUUAAAAAGGUGAUUACGUGGCUGAAGCGGUCAUCGAGCACGGUAGUUGUGAGGUCGGGAACGUAUAAGUGGAUGGUGUCGAUGAACUCGUUGCUGAUCUGUCUGUUGACGCUGAUGAGGCCGGACUUUGUGAGGACGUCGUUCUACUUG